UUUAUGGCCUAAAAAUCAUUCAAUACGAUUGGAUGACAAAUGAAAUCUUUUACAACACAAGUCUAGAGUUCCCACAACUGAUGCAAAUGUGUAGCAAUGCAUACUAUGGGCCGCUUAAAGAGGCGCAACAUUCUGGAAAUUUGCCCACAAAUGCGAUUUUACUGCCAAUUAGUGGUUAUCUUCGUAUGAAAUACAAUACAUUCGUGAAGAAUAGUAACGUAAAUGAAAGUGGAGUCGACGUCAUAGAAGUGGAGUACGAGAGGACUGUCAUUAUAUUUGAGAAGUCGGUGACCGAAAACGUGAUCGUCUCGUCCGACACGGCAAACACGUCUAACAUUUUCACCGAUUUGAAGACAAUUCACCACAUCAUCCGUUUGCAAGAAGUCAAUCGUUUGAUCGCAUUUCCAAUAAAAGCCGGCAUUAAUACGAGUGUAUCGGAAGGUUUUUAUGAGAAAAAGGCCUCCAAAUAUGUCUUUCGCGCAUCCAAAUUACAACUCAAACAUGUUUUCCGAUGUCUCGAAGAAGCCUUACCUUUCGAUCCGCACGUGUUUUGUUCGGCGAAACAAAAUCUGGGAUUUGACUCUUAUUUUAAAAAAGACGGAAACUUUUGGCGAAUGAAUUCAAUGGGAUUCACACGACAAUCAAAUCCCAACUUAACAGACGAUUCACUCAUUAAUUUGUUUUUUAAAUCCCAUUUCACGGAUUUGUUAGAAAGGGAUGGCUUUGAUACAUAUCAACCCAUCCAUGGCUUUACAUACAAACCACUCUAUAGUCACGAGUGUUCGUCAUUUGACAAGACUUGUAAUUCAUUUAUCCAGAGCUCACCAUUUCAUUAUCGUCUCUGCAUUUAUGGGUUUAAACAGUCACGAAAUGAAUUCGGAGUUCACCCAAACAUUAAGUCCUAUCGAUACUCGACAACUGAUUUUCAUCCCAAACAAGAAGACGAUAUGUGUUCGGCAGUGUUUAGGCUCACUGUCGACACGGACUAUACCGUUGUGUCCGCGGUGUCCAACCCGUCCUCCGCAGUAAACGAUCCUUCUUCGGAGAAAUUGAAAGACCUGUUCCCGUGUCCGCACAAACAUACUUAUCCUGUAUUUCAAAAUAAUCAUUCAUUCUUACGGUUAGACACGAGAGAACGUGUCGUCGGAUAUACAGUGGACUACGAUUUCGUCACAAAAGUGAGAAACGGAUCGGAAACACAUGAAGUGGUAUUUCACGGCAAAAGUCACCCAAAGUAUCAAAUGUUGGGACAAAACAUAUUCGCAAUGUUUUCAAUGAGGAUAGAUUUGGGCGUUAAAUCAUUGCUUCCAAUCACUAAUACCUCUCGAUUCACGAGUCAGAGCUUUAUUGCCAUUACAUUUGGUUCGGUGUCAACGAUAAUACUCAACAAUCAGUCGAUCACAGCUAUUGGCACUUCUUAUUGGAAGUCUCAGUCAUACAUGUAUUGGCUCACAAACCCAGUAGACAUUCAGGCCGUCUAUUAUGUCUCAGACACCAAAUGGAGAUUUAUGUUUCCUUUUGAGCAUAACUUCGAUCUUAAGUAUUGGAACGAAAGGACAGCCGUUCUCAACGGGAAAGUCGUCGGAUUUUUCACUCUUGAAUCCGACAAAACGCCAAUCAUUUACGCUCUCAUUGAACAGACUUUUUUCAGGCAGUUAUAUCUCAAUGUUAUGCCACACAUCGACCGCAAGCAU